CUGCCGGUGGUGAGCGAGCUCCUCGUUUUCGACGGUGCGCAUGCAGCGGCCCUCCGCCGCAGCGGCUUCGGCGCGCCGUGCCCGAAGCCGACGCGCCUCGUCGGUCGGUCUCCGGAAUUGGCCGCCCUCCAACGCCUCCGCUGCGGGGGGCCGCAGUUCGACGCGGGCGACGUGCGCCGCGGGCGGCUGCCGCCGCCACCCGCGGGGCUCGCGUCGCAUGGGCGCAGGCGGGGCGCGCUCGAUGAGCAGGGCGAUGGCGAAGACAGCGGCGGCGCCGCAGGGCCCCCGCCCAUCGAGGGCGGCCCGCUCGGCAACGGUGGCAUCUGCGUCGGGGGGGGGGGCAGCGGCGAGGUCUUGGUGCGCAACUUGGGCAAUUCCUUCUCCGCCGAGCGCUAUGGCAUGAAGGUCUCCAUCGCGAACUUGGUGGAUCGGCCCCCGGCGAGACCAGGCCUGCUCGAG